CUCGGGCCCCAGUGCCCGCCAUUUCCCACUUCGCUUCCACCCCCUAGACGUUAUUGGUCUGUAGAUAAGUUGCCGAUGAAGGGUGAGAAACGCGGUCGCAGUGGGUCAAAGGGUAAAAGUCAAAGGGCUCGGGACAGGGAGCAAGAUGCAUGCUCAUAUGCGCAGUUUAGCCACGGCAGACCUCAUGGCCACCCCAAGCGGGGCAGUAUCACCUCUCGCAGCCAGGAAGAGCUGCUCCCCCACUGCCACAGCUUCAGCGGGGGUUCCCGCCCCAAACUUCCCCCAAAACCUGACACCACCAAAUCCGGGAGCCAGUCCAACCUCAGUACCCAGCAGGCACAGCAUUCAGAUCCGGCACCUUCCCCUCCCCAACCCUUGCUGCCCUCCACCUCCGCACCCUCCUCCCUCCCCAUGCCCAUCCCCCCACCCCCUUCUUCCGCUUCAGUGUCCCCCCCACCAGUGCUGUCACCUGGACCGGCCACGGGUGCUUCCCAAUCCGUGACAGCCAGUGCCAAACUCCAGUACCAGAGACUGCGCUCCGUGCCCCAACCGCGACGCUUCUAUUCCCCCCACCUGCCCCUCAAAGCCAAGAGCCUGUGCUCACGCCGUGGCUCCGCCCACUUCUCUAGCCUGGAGAGCGAGGUAUGACACGGGGCUUCGCUGCUGCGCGUGUGUGUGAGCUCUACGGUGAGACGCAGCUGGAGUGUGACGCACAUACACGUGGCGCACAGGGACCAGGGCAGCGACUACAACCGCCAUAAUGGCAGCCGCCGGGACGGCGGCAGUGAUGUCAUGACGGGAGACGGGUCAACGAAGGCCAUCUCCGUCACCACGGAAACCCCAGCCGUGCUCCACCUCCGGUCUGAACUGAGCAUUACGAUGUCAUCCGUAGUCCUGUCCUCCAACGAGAAUGCUGGAUAGCGCUUUUUCCGGAAUCUGUGAGUAAUGAUGUCAUGUUUACACACACACACUCCAUCAUUUAAGGAAAAGACUUUUUUGUUUGUUUUUGGUUGUCCGCCUUCAACGGGAGUUCACUGACUACGGAAACUGCUGGGGCUAAGGCUGCUUUUUCCAAUUUGUUAACGGCUGACUUGCGGUGAGCAAGUGAUCAGUCUGACCUGUGGUCACCAUCCCCUGAUUGGCUGAGAGACGGCCUUGCUUCUUUUGCUUUCGCCUCAGCGAUGCAGUCACAUCCCCCCCCGUUUGUGUCCGAUCCUCACGGCCACGUCGGAAAGAGCUGUUUGAACUUUGAACUCGUCACUUAAGCGUCAAGGAUCAACACUUUUGCUUUAUUUUUAAUGCAAGACAUCAGCCGAUCAGAUCCCGAUGGGGGGAAUUUCCCCCAUCUCAUCCAAGCUUUUCUUGUCCUAUCAGAACUCUGAUGCUGUGGUGUCGCUGUUGUGUCAAACAGGGAUGUAACUAUGGUCUAAGGAGACGUUCUUCAGAAAAAACAAAAGGACAACAACAAAGUACAUGUAGCAGUUUUUUCUGUAAGAUUUGUUUUGUUACUCCAGGAUUUCCCCACUCCUUUUUUAUUCUGUCUAUUUAUUGCUCUCACUGUGUUAGUAUUUUAAAAGUAGAGUAAGCUAGCUGUGUCUGCAGUUAAAUAGUAGACUAGUCUUGGAUGCCAAAUAACAGAGCAUACAGAUCACUAGAGUGGACCCACGCCAUUUGAUCUCUCUUGUUGGCUUUUACAGUAUUUAACACAAAAGCAAUACAUAACUGUCUUAACCAAAAUGAGGAUGGGUUGCAAUAUCUAUAAUUGGCACUAGAUGGCUACAUAAUAUUAAAAUUAGUAAAUAACACUCGCUGGUGGGCCUUGUCUUUUAGAUGUGUACUUGUACAAUUUCUUUAAUAGUCAACUAAUUUUUUCAGAUAGAAAGAAUUGGCAAAUUCUUUGAGUGUAUCGCCACCACUUGUUGCUUUGGCAGACACUAUUUUCCACUGCAAAGAGGAUGCAUUUUAGAAAGCACAAAAGCUCUGGCUCAUGCCAGCAAAGGCAUCAGCAUCAUCAGUUAAUACAUCAAGGGCAAACAAUACAACCGUCUUUUAUCCAAAGCAGUGCUAACACACACAGACACAUGAUUACUGAGCACACAUCAGGCUUUCAGUUCUUGCAGACGAACCUACUCCAUGAAAAUGUUAGCGAGGCUUAUUUGACGUCAGGCACAGCUCAUUUGCCCUCGUUGUAGUUGAAUGUAGCUUUGACAUGAUGUAGCAAAAUGUAGAGACACUUUUAGACUUUGUAGCAUUUUUUGGAUGCUCAUGUCACUGGACAUCACGGUUACACCCGCAAGUCACGGAUGCAGAGUUACUCGCACGGAUAAAGAGAUUAGAUCACCCUUUACCCUUUUGUUUAAGAGGAUCUGUGAUGUCUGUCUCUCGCUUUAUUAAUGAGGACUAUUUUUUUGGAAGUGUGUUAUCAUUUGCAAUGAGAUGGAUUGCUUUGCCCCAUUUUGCAAAGGGUAGCUACACAUAAUCGCAUACGUAGGGGAUAAAUGAACAUGCUCAGUCCCUUGUGAUCCAUGGUGUUUUCUUUCUACCUGUAUUCUGACAAGCCCCGCCCCGUGCACCUGCACUGGCUUGUAGUUCAUACUUACAAGUAGUUCAUGUCCUUGUGAUCUAACUAGAGCAUAGAAUUCUGACUGCCUGCUGCUCUCAAACAUUUUAUGUAAUUGUUCUAACUAGGGGCGGCACGGUGGCGUGGUGGGUGGCGCUGUCGCCUCACAGCGAGGAGGGCCUGGGUUCGAUUCCCCGGCCGGGUGACCGGGGUCCUCUCUGUGUGGAGUUUGCAUGUUCUCCCCGUGUCUGCGUGGGUUUCCUCCACAGUCCAAAGACAUACAGUCAGGCUAAUGGGAGAUGUUAAAUUACCCCUCGAUGAGAAUGUGUGUGAAUGUAUAUGUCUGUCUGUCUGCCCUGCGAUGACCUGGCGACCUGUCCAGGGCGUUUCCUGCCUUCCGCCCAGUGACCGCUAGGAUAGGUCCUGCACCCCUCGCGACCCAGAAGCAUAGCCGACUUAGUAAAUGUGUGCACUGGAUGCGUUUCUUCCGUAAUCAGACGUGUUGCUGGUGUUUAGCGCCCUCGUCUGGCACUGGGCAGUCAGCAUCUUGUGCUUUAGUUUUGUUGUGAUUUAGAUUUAGAUUCUUGCGCAUUUAGACUCUAACUAGGACACACAGUGUGUCAAAUUCUAAACGCCCUUGUGUUCUAAAAGCAGUGGAUCACUAGUGUGUACAGUUCUGUCCACAUUGGCGUUGCUGCAUUCUAGCCCUGAUGCCGUACCCGCAGAAUAUCAACAGAAUACCAUGAAUUCCAAUCUGGCUGUUCAGACUGAGUCGCGUUGCUGCAUAUCGGAUACGUAUUGGAUUUCAGUUCCAUAUAUAAAAGCGUCUCAAAUCGGAAUUGAAAAUGUCAGAUUCAGUGUGUUUUAUGCUGUUCACAGACACACAAAUCCGAAAGACUGGAUUAUUUCUGCCACUUUUACCUGAGUGACGUUCUGCCAUUCGCAAGUUUGUUCACAGCACAAAUAAUUUUAUCACGAAAUUUUAAAAAUGGUCUGUUCAGUUAUACUGAGACUUGUUUUAACUUGUCUUUAUUAUAUGUUUUUGUAAAAAUACGUAAUCCAAAAGCAACAGAAAAUAAUCGUAUUAUGUGAUUGUAAUAAGGUAAAGUUUUGGAUCAGAUAGCAACUGUACAUUCUAACUAUGCAUAACUAUGCAUUGUAGUUAUAGCACAGGUACACCACUGGGCUUCCAGAGUAGCUGAGCAUUGUAGUUCAAGCAGAGGUUCAUGGACUACGUGCAAGUAUGAACUACUAGCCAGUUUCAUUGCAGGAGGCCUUAUUGUCAGAAUGCAGUAGGGGGUGUGUUCGGGUGUGGGGGGGGUUAAUAGGGGCUGCAGAGCAAUUGAACAGAUCUGGUGUGGCGUGUGUUCACUUGAUCUGUCACUGACCCUCACUGAGUUAAAAGGCGCUAACUCUGUGACUGCAUGUACAGAACAGUUUUUUUUUCCAUGUAGCUUAAUUUUGCUGAGAAAAAAAAAAAAUAUAUAUAUAUAUACUGUUUUUGGAGAAUGUAUCAUGUUAUGCUGUGAAUUAACUUAGAUAUUUGAUUGACCAUUGUAUUAAGUUAUCAUUUGAAUUCUAUCAUUUAUCUAUACAAAAUAUAUAUGUACAAAUAAAUAUAUACAUAUAUAUACAGACAGGUAUAUAUAUAUAUACUGAGUUAAGUUU